GGCGCCAAAAUUGAAAAUUGCUGCAUUUUUUUUGUGUGUGUGUGUUGAUAGAUGGUGGCUCCCAGUCGUCAGUUGGAAAUACAAAACGGAGUAGUCAAAAGGUAUAUCGAGUGAUGCUUAGUAGUUAUUGUGUUGCUAAAAAGUUGAAAGAACGAUGAAGGACAUAUCCGCCUAUCAAAAAGAAUACGCUCAAGUCAAAGAAAAAAUCCAGCAAGCGACACAAGACCAACCAGUGAAACAGUGGCAAAAGGUGUUGGAAGAAACCGAGAGAAUGGUAGCUGACUCUUAUAAGAGGUUAUCGGAAGCUGUGGAAACGUUACAAAAGUUACAAACUCAGAUGGAAACUUUGCGUGGUACGAAAGAAUGGGAACAAUCGGAAACGUUAUUACAGGAUGCAAAGCAGGUUUUAUUACAAAAUGCCUUCCAAGUUUAACGAAACAAAGCAAUAUACUGAAACUGCGUAGACUUGUUCAAGAUACGAGAAUCAUAAUCGAAACCUUGAGUUACAAACAGUCUUUGUAACACUUCCAUUCUUUCUUGAUUGAGAUAAAGUGGUUUUCCUCUAU